GGCGUGGCCUGCGGUGUCUGACAAGCGGUCUCGCGAGCGUGCUGUGUCGGCGUCACUCCUCCUUCUCCGCGCUCGGCGCCACAGGGUGAGCGGGACCUCCCAGCCCGGGCUGGCGGACACGGGGAGGGGGCUGAGGGUUACAGCGGGCCGCCGUCACUCAGCUUCCGCGGAGGGAGACCGAGAGAGGAGGUUUGGGCCACACGGGGGGCCGUAGCCCCGCAUCUAACCCCCACGUAAUAUCCCUGGGGGGCCGGGGAGGGCGGAGUCCGGCCCCGGUGUGUGAGAGCUGAGGAGGCGGAAGAGGAGAGUCGGUGUUACCCAGCGGUGAGACCCACGGGAGGCUUUCUACCUUCCUCUAACGGGGUAACCUGGUCCCUGCUGUGAGGACUACACCUCCCAUGAUGCUCAGCCAGCAGCCUGAAUGGCAGAGCAUCUCGGGACAUGCUGUUCCUCGCACGGCUGGAGGUGACCAGGCUCGCUGUAAGGGAUCCCCCCGCAGAGAGGGCUCCAGCUGCCGUGGGGACUACAGCUCCCAUCAUGCUCCCCUGUGCGAUGGCUGGCAGAGCAUUGUGGGAGUUGUAGUUUAUGGAUAAGCCCUCGUUACCGCCCCGUGUCCGAGUGUGAUGCUCAGCCUGUCUGCCUGUGUGACUGUCCAUCAGGGGAUCCAUCACGGCCGGGGUACCAGACACCGGUAUGUGAUGCUGGGGCUCUCUAAAUCUGGCAUUACAGAGCUUCACUCUAUCAUCAGAGGUGUCAGGGAGUUAUCACAACUGGCAAAGCAUAAUGGGAGUUGUAGUUCUGAAACUGAGGCACUACCUUACCUCGGUCUUUAAGCCCACUCUGUUAGUGUAUUACAAUAAUCUAGACUUUAAAACUCCAUAAUUUGUGGGGGGGGGGGGGUUUCCUGCCUAAGCUUUCUCAGGUUCCUCCCCAACCUGUCGGUUGAAAUCUUGGUUGUGCCUGUUCAUUUCUGAUUUCUUGCAUGUUGGGUUGCAGGUCUAUAUUCCUUAAUGGAGUGCAGUUGUCCUAACUAGUAUUAAAAGUCCAAACAUUCUAAAGAGAACUGGGUGCUUUUGGUUGUUGGUCGCUAGUUCCACAACAGAGCCUCUUCACUCUAACUACACAAACCAUAGCAUGUAUACUCCCUUUCCUUUUAGUCACCACCAUACAGGUAGGGAUGCAAGGUUAAGUUUUGGUCAGUUGAAGACAAUAUGGUGUUUCAUAUUGUUUGUGUAGUUAGAGUGAAGAGGCUCCUUUUAAGUUUAAAUUGGCUUCUAUAACCAACAUUUUAAUUGCAUUAAUGGUCUCUUCUCGGUUGUUAAUCAAAAUUAUACAAUGGAACUGAUCUAGUGGUUUGAUUUCUAGUAAUCAAUUUUAUAGCCUAUAUAUUCAGCUGACUUGCUAGAAUGUGCUUUUACCUGGACAAUGGCUAGUGUCAAGUUAUUUGCUGCAAGCAGUAAUCUGCAUUUGAUCAGUCUAUUGAUGAAGCUGCUACAAUACAAAACAUCGUCUUGUCUUAACACUAAGUAAAGCUAAUGCGGAAACAAUGCUUAAUAUUUUGGGCAGCGUGCUUGGCUACCAUGUACAAGGGUGGAUAUAUAUAUAUAUAUAUAUAUAUAUAUAUAUAUAUAUAUAUAUAUAUAUAUAUAUAUAUAUAUAUAUAUAUAUAUAUAUAUAUAUAUAUAUUUAUGUAGACCAUUCUUAACUCACUGUUUAUGAUUCUCUACUCAACAUGCUGAUCAUUGCUUAGACGUUAGUUUAUGUACAAGAGUUGCAAAACUUAAUUUCAGUGGCCGGUUUUUCACAACAGAAGUGAAUGUAUUAAACAGGAUUUAUAACUUUUAUACGCUGUAAAAUGGUGACUAGGCAUAGAAAAUGCCAAUUUCUAAAAGCAAUCUUAAUGCUUCUAUGUGUAACCCACUACUAGGUGCUCCCUCUGUCUAGUGCAUGCUUGAGCCAGCACCAACUCCUAUAUCCAAUUCAGUAUAUCUAAAACUUUUUUAAAAUUUACUCUUGGUAAUCACUCAUAUUGAGUCUGAUUUGACAUUUGCAAUCUUAAAUGUUGGGCGAUAAGAUAAAAAUCAUUAUGAUCUACUACAUAGUUAAUAUAUCACUAUAAAGGAUGCUGAUAGUGACAAACCACACUUUAUUAUGGCAGCAGAUUAUUUGUCUAGUAAAUGUUUGCACUGCUGCUUAAGCUGCAAUUAAUAGCACUUAUUUACUUUGCCUUUGUUAUAACUUUACAGGCUUGUCCACAUAUUCUGAUUAGGGCUUUGUUGUUGAAACAUCUUACCUACCUCCUUUCUACACUUCUAACAUAUGCUGCAGCACACAGGAUCGACCUGUCGCUGCCAAGGACUGUCACUUUAAUACAUAUAGACAAUAUGUGACUUGAUCAAGACUGCUAUGACCCACAGCUGAACUGUUAACUGGCUUCCUAUUCUGUGUAAACGUCUGUCUAUUUAACCCUAUUGUGCUGCUUUGGUUAUAUCUCUGUAGCCUAAUGCCUUGCAUUGUGGGCUUUUUAAAAACUUGACUUUUUUUUUUUGAUCAUCAGCUGAUUUGUAAGCUAGAAGCCUGGUAUCACAAUUCUGUAACUAUAUGAACAGCUGUUGUCUUACACUUUUUUUAUGUUUUUUAUUUUAAAGGAUCUUCCUCUAGCUAACUUGGGAGCAAGAGAUGCACUUUUAUUUUUUUUUGCUUUAUCAAUGCUAAAUAUUUACUAGCAAAUCACUGGUGUCUAUUCUGGCAAUCAACCAGUAGCAUCAUACCCUUAAGGCUUUUUGUAGUAAAUACUUUCUUUUCAGGGAAAAUUACAGCCUAGUGAUACCUAUACUGGCCACUCCUCAGAUGGCUGCUAGAGGUGCUUCCUGGCUCAAUGUUGCACUGUGAGCAGCACUGCCAUUCAGUGUCUCCAUCCUCUGCCUGGAGACACUGAACUUUUCUCUUAGAGAUGAUUCAAUGCUGAUUGGCCAGGGCUGCCUGGUUUGUCCUGGCUCUUCCCCUGAUCUGUCUCCUUCACAAGCUUAGCCAAUCCAAUGCUUUCCUGUGCACAAGCAUUGUGAUUGGCUUUGAAUUACACUUCUAAUGACAUCAGAUAAGCAGGCAGAUCAGGGGCAGAGCCAGCAGUAGCAGACUGGCGUAAAUGAAUGAUUUUACUACAUUUAGUGGGGGCUAGAUGGUGGUCUUAACGUUAUUGGGUCAGAAAUACAUGUUUGUGUUCCUUUAAUGUAACUUCCCACUCUUUCCUGCUACAGACACAAAUGCUAAUUCCCUGCUAUGCUCUGCAGCCCAUUGAUGCAUAGCUUUCAGUCUUCAUUUCUUUUACUUCAUAUGCUUAAAACAAACUAGUGUUGCUGUCAGUGACAUCACUGCUGUUACUACUUGGUGUGCUAGCCUAAUUCUAAUCCUAAAAAUUACAUACCCAAGACAUUCUGUCACUCUGGAACAGAACAUGGUUUUAUUAAAAGGACACUAUAGUCACCUGAACAACUACAGCUUAAUGUAGUUGUUCAGGUGAGCUCUAUUGCUCCCUGCAGGCAAUCUAAUGUAAACACUGUAUUUUCUUUGAAAAUACAGUGUUUAUAUUGAUAGGAAUACCUCCAGUGGCCGUCACUCAGACGGCCACCAGAGGGACUUCCUAUCAUGUAUGGCCCUAAAAAGUAGGGAUCGACCGAUUAUCGGUUUUACCGAUAUUAUUGGCCGAUAUUCAGUAUUUUCGGCAAAAUCGGUAUCGGCCAAUUCAGAUACCGAUAAUAUACAAACCCGGUGGUCAUGGGGGAGCCGGCAGCAAGCGUUUACUCACCUCCCAGCAGCUUCCCAGUGUAAGUCUCGCGAGACCUGCGGCCGUCAGAGCAUUGCCACGGGUUACCAUGGCAGCGCAGCACGCUGGUUGCAAGAUUUACACUGGGGAGCUGCUGGGAGGUGAAUAAAUGCUUGCUGCCGGCCCCCUCACAGCUCAGCCAAUGCCACUGGACCAGCAGGGACUGCUAUAUCCCCCCUCCCUGGCCAGGCAACAAGGAGGGUGGGGGACAACAAAAAUAAAUAAAAUAUAUAAAAUGUUUUAAUAAAAAAAUGCUCCCCCCUCACACACUAUAUUAUAUACACAUACACUACACACUGCAUUAUCUACAGUUUUUGUGUAGUUUGUAUAAUGUAUGCCACAAACACACUAAGCAUUUAAUAUAAAUCAUUCACUUUAUAGACACUGCAUUCACUUUACGCACGCUACCCACACACUACACAAACACUCUGCUUUCAUUAUAUACACACACUGCAUCCACUACACAAACACACAGCUCCCCUGUCUAAACACACUGCAUCCACUACACGUGGCAUGUAUAUUUUGUGCAUUUACCUUUUAGAAAUAGAUUUAUUUUCCAAAAUGGUAAAUGUACAGAAUAUCGGCAAAUUAUACCAGCUAUCUGCCUGAAAGUUCAGAGUAUCGGUAUCUGCUCUAAAAAAAUCAAUAUUGGUCAAUCCCUACUAAAAAGGCCAUGUACAUGUCACUUAUUAAAAUACGUCUGAAGUGUGCAGAAGAGAGGGUGGGCAAAGACCGCGAGCUCUCAGGUCACGGCUGCCCAUGCGCAGUAGUGCGCUCAGGACUUCAUAGGGCAGAAUGAAUGCCGCCCUAUGAAGUAUGUGCGGCAAAGCCGCACCUGCGAACAAGGACUCUUCCAAAUGGAAGCAUCUGAUUGCUCCCUGCUCGUGCCCACCUAUUACAUCAUUUUGACGAAAUAGGAGGCGCAGCUUCACGAGGCUCCCGGCGCUGGAACCAGGUGAGUAAAAACGGCUUCCUGGAGAGUCCCUUAAAUUUUUAUAAUUUUUUUUUUUUUUAAGAUAAUUUCAAAAUGUUGCAACAAGUUACAAACUCCUGAAGUUUCAAUAUUGUGCAAAUUUCCAUGAAGUGGCUCUGCCAGAAUAGGUGAUCUCCUCUACUGGCAGAAAGCCAUAUUUUAGUGUGGGAAUUUGGGUGUUUGUUUUACUUCUGGUUGCAGUUUGUUUCACUAGGUAUCGUGACAUGUAACUCAACAGCUGGAGUGCCAGAGGUUGCUCACACAUGCGUUAGGUGCACAGCAAGAGGCAGCCACAAGCCAGCAAAGUGAUUACUGUCUCAUUAGGUGGUGCACCUCUUACUUUAUAUAUAAUUUGUUUUCCCAUAUAUGCAUGUGCCAUCAGAAUUUAACCAUUUCCUUCUUGCUAUGUGAACUUAACCUACCUUUGAGCUCAGUAACAAAUGACGGAGUAUCAUGGUAGUUGUGCACAGCAGCUCCUUGCCUGUAUACAGCUCAACUAGUGCAUUUAAAAAAUAAAAAAAAUACUUCACCAUUUAGUUUCACACAGGGAAAGAAAGACCUACAGCAGCAACUUUGUUUUACAAUCUGUCCGUUCUCAUUCAGCUGUGAUAUCAGACAGUUGGUAUUCUUGGAGGCUUGUUUUGUGGAUUUGGUGUUUGUUUUGGGAAUUGUAGCUGUGAGUUAUGUGUAAUAAUUUUUGCUGUGACUAUGGCUAGUGGCAGAGGGUUAUGGCAGGACACUUCCUCUAAUGUUCAACCAGCUGCUGGUGUGAAUCAGUGGAAACCUUUCCUUGACAACAUAAAUAAAGUUAGUAAUGACUGUAUGUAUCUUUGCAGUCUCCCUUGCCACUUACCACCAAAUUGGAAUCUUGGUCAAAUUAAGAUGCAUUCUGCUUUGUACAGAAAUCUGGAUUACAAGGCAGGCUUAUCAAGCCUCAUUGGGGUUUGUCAUUUUUUUUUUUUCUUUAAAGGAACACUAUAAUUUUUUAAACUCCAAAAAUAAGGAGAAUCAAAGCUGGGCUAACAUUAAAAUUCCCUUAAUACGAUCUCAAACACCUCACUGAAGCAAUCUGCAAUGACUUGUCUAAUCAGAUGCCUCUCACAGAGUACCAUUGGGGUUACAUGUCCAGCAAAGGCUGUUAAUCUGCCAAUCCAGAGCAUCUCUGAAAAGAAAUGUCCUUAUUCAGUAACAUGCUGAGCAUGAUGCCAAUUGUAAAGUCCCUUUAAUAAUCAAAAAUAUGAAGGAAGUGGCUCUGGUUGAACAACGUUGACUUGUAUGUGGCCAAAUUAACUCUGCAGUUAAAUGCCCAUUUCUUUCUCGGGAAAACUACAUUAUGUUGUAGUGCUUCUGAUGCUUAGUGUUACUGUAAGAAAACUUUUUUGUCUGAAAACCCAUAGAGUAAAAUUAAAGGUCAACUGUGUGAAAUAGUUGUUCAAAUAUUCAAAUUCUUAUGUAAUCGAAGGCAUGUUACAAAAUCUUCCAGAGAGACAAAAUGUACAAUGUGUGACACGUUUUUGCUAACUUAAAGUUCAAAAGAGACAAAUGGUUAUGAUUAAAAAGCAACCUAUAAUUUGUGUAAUCCGUGAAAAUGAUACUAUUUAAAUACAAUUUCAGUAAAAUACUGACUAAGCUGGUUAGACUGGUAUAAUAUAUCCCUCCCUGCCUAAAGGAAGGCUGUACAGUUAGCUAAAUACAAGCACAAGACUAUGUGCCAUUUCAAAUAUUUCAGCAGCCAUUGUUUUGCUUUUGUCACAAGGUAUGAUUGUGUUAAAGUUUUGGCUUUGCCUGUGUUUGUCUUUUUUUUUUUUGUGGUGCCGUGGUUUCUAUAUCUUUUCUGUUCUUCCAUAGACACGCUCUAUGUAGAAUACAAAGGACAAACACUUUAGCCAUAAAUGGCUUUCAUAGAUUCGUCUGUAUGGAUGCUUUACACUGAACAUUAACCUGCUUCUGAUGUCCUGGCUAAUGUGUAACUUUUUUUUUUUUCUUUUCCCAAACCAGGAAAGUUCACAGAACAAACUAUCCCUUGGAGUGUUGCCAAAGAGGUCUGGCUAACUGAAUGAGCUUCUCUUUGGAUCUAUAACUGACACUGCCAUAGAUCAUGGGUCAGAAAGUCACAGGAGGUAUAAAGACAGUGGACAUGAGGGACCCUGCAUACAGGCCACUGAAACAAGAUCUUCAAGGACUUGACUACUGUAAGCCUUCCCGACUAGACAUGUUGUUGGAUAUGCCUCCAGUGUCUUACGAAGUACAACUUCAGCACUCUUGGAAUAACAAUGAUCGAUCACUAAAUGUCUUCGUCAAAGAGGAUGACAAACUUGUUUUUCACCGGCAUCCGGUGGCACAAAGUACAGAUGCAAUUCGUGGAAAAAUGGGCUACACAAGAGGCUUGCAUGUAUGGGAAAUUACGUGGGUUAUGCGGCAGAGGGGGACACACGCUGUUGUUGGUGUUGCUACAGGAGAUGCCCCUCUACAUUCCGUGGGCUACACUACACUUAUAGGUAGUAACUGUAAAUCAUGGGGAUGGGAUUUGGGACGGAACAAACUAUAUCACGAUGGUAAAAAUCAGCCAAGUAGAACAUAUCCUGCCUUUCUGGAGUCUGAUGAAACUUUUAUAGUACCGGACUCUUUCCUGGUAGUUCUAGAUAUGGAUGAUGGAACUCUUGGCUUUAUUGUUGAUGGACAGUUCAUGGGUACUGCCUUUCGAGGACUAAAGGGAAAAAAACUCUAUCCUGUUGUGAGUGCUGUUUGGGGUCACUGUGAAAUCCGAAUGCGUUACCUAAAUGGGCUAGAUCGUAAGUAUAGUCUGGAUUCAAUAACUUGCUUUAUCUGGUGUAAAAUAUUUCAGUGGGUUACAUGUUUAACGAUCAGAUAAGAAUGGAGGCUAUAUUCAUGUGAGUUGUAAUAUAUACUUCUUGCAAAAAGCAAAGCUGUAACUAGAACUAUCUUAAUGUUGCUCAAUUAUUUAUUUUUUUUAAAGACUCUAGAAAGUCUGCAUGCAUAAAUAUAGAAAGCUUGGUAACCUUUCAAACAAAGUAUUAUUGGCCUUGAAGAUUCAACUGUGAACCACUCGCCUAGAUCCCAAAUGGGCCAAGAUUAAUGCUUUCCCAGUCACUUUCUGAUGCAGUAUAUAACUUCUUAACCUAAUCUCUAAAUAUCUGCAAAAUGAUGUAAGAUCUGAGGCAACAAUAGCUGGGAUGUAAAAUACCAAAGGCUAUAACGUUGCCAUUUGGAAUUUUGUCUUCCCUUUCACUUUCUUGCACUAUUCAGAGUUUUUAGUGAGUAAUCCUGACUUUCAAAACUUAAUCAUUGCUUGAAGAAUUUUGUGGAAACCACCAGUUGAGGCUCUCAGCCAAUGUGUAAUAUCUUUGGAAUUCAAAGGGAAUCUCAAAGUUUAUGCCAAUGUAACUAAAGUGAAGGUAUAAAAGCUGACUUGGAGAAUUUUCACACUUAAAAGGAUACUAUAGUCACCAGAAACACUACAGCUUAAUGUGGUUCUGGUCUCUAUCCUGUCCUUGUAGGCUUUUCAGAGAAUGCAGUGUUUACAUUGUUGCCUAGGAACACCUAGUGGCAGAUGCUGAUUGGUGUUGCACAUUUGCAAUAUACCAGUGCUUUUCUGUUGGACUUGGAUAAAGAUUGACUUCUGCCUUGGAGGCAGGCCAGCAGCAGCAAGACCAGAGUAGUGAUAAAGGAAAGGUAGUGUUUACAUCCUAGGGAUAUACCUCCACUGGCUACUAGAGGUGCUUCACUAACCUUCAGUGUCUCCACCCUCUGCAUGGAGAUACUGAACUUUCUUACUAGAUGCAUUGAUUCAAUGUAUACCUGAGAAGAUGCUGAUUGGCCAGGGUUGAGUUUGACUUGUGCUGGAUCUGCCUCUUUGACAGUCUUGGCCAAUCCAACUGCUGUGACUCAGAUCAACACUUCUGGUGUCAGCCAAGCAGGGAGAUCAGGGUAGAGCAGACUGGAAUAAAAGUAAGAUUUUUACUAUAUUUAGGGGGCUAAAUGGUCUUUUUAACACUAUAGGGUCAGGAAUUCAUGUUUGUGGUGUUGAUCCUAUAAUGUUCCUCCAAGGGAAGACUCUAGGCACCCAGACCACUUUAGCUAAAGUGGUCUGGGUGCAAACUUCCAUCACCCUUAACCCUGAGCAUGUAAUUACUGCAGUUUUUAUAAACUGCAAUAAUUACCUGUGUAACGGAACUCCCCGUACUCCGACAGAGUACCUUCUGUUGAUGGACGCUUCCUAGCUUGCGCCGAGGACCACAAGCACCGCACCGAACAUCACAACUGCCGUAGCUUAACUGGAGUCUCGCAAUCUUUUGUCCACCCUGGAUCAGCUUCUGUCCUCCAGGACCAUGUGGGGACAGACCUCUCCUCCAGGAGAGCGUAUCAGAGGAACGAGCUCUUAAAAGAGCUAAGUGACUAAAGCUCAGGGGAGUAUGCAGAGCAUAGCAAUCCCCAGUGUGAGUAUAGCUGUCCCCUCCAAUCACAAGACUACAUGUUGAGUGUCAAGAAGAACUGUGUUUAAUUGGCACCUUUUUAUGGAGGUCUUACACAUACAGGACCGCCCACAGGGUUUUGCAGAACAACCAAUAAACACGUAGUAUACAGUACAAACACUCCUAUCAAUUACACACAAACCUGUGAUAGAAUUACUGAACACAAUGCGUUAAAGUAAUUCUCACAGGCAGGAAAAAUAUACUUUUUACACAUUCCCUGUAACUUUAAAAAUAUACAUUCAAUCUUCAUUAAAAAAAUUGCAUUUGCACACUUUAAUUACAAACCUAUCCAAAAUUCAGCCAAUUCCAUCCAGUGGUUAAAUAGUUAGACGGAAGUCCUUUAUGACCGACCGCAAGCACAUUUUCCUGCCCAAAACCAUUCCUUAGAUUUGUGCCUUGCGGUCGGACUUUUUUUACACAGAAAAAUGACUCCCAUUCGAAUGCAAGAACGGGGCCGUUCGUGCAUUUAGCUUAGUAUAGCAGUGAGUUCAAACUGCCAAACGGGACUUGGUCUCUGUAGCUGAAAACUGAGUGUAGGAGAAGGUGUUCGUUAAUGUGUAGCCGAUUUCAGUUCCAUGGAUUUGGCUACCCAUACCGCUGACCUCGUUCGAAUGAACAAAGAUGGCGGCUGCCACGUGUUCGUUUUGUCGAAUGGUGGCCACUUCGACUACUUCAGCUGCAUCCAAGGAGGAAGGGGCUGCAAUAUGGUAUGACUAACUUGGAAAUAAAGGCUUAAGUCUAAAAAUGCACUCCUUUACAUCAGAGGACAUUGCUAGCUUAUGACUUUUCAGUUUUAACUGUACAGCUAUCUGAGGCCUCCUUGAGUACCAAUUGCUUGACCGGGCAAGUCGUAGUCAGCAUUUCCAUUCUUCAAAUGCAGUUAUUAACUAGUUUGUAUCAACAAGAGUGACUGCGAAUUUAAAUGUUGGCAUUCACUUUAAAGUGCUUUACCAUGUUGUGGUCCCCUUUCUCUGCAAAAUUUAUUUUGCAUAUUGAUAAAAGGGACUUUUUUAUUUUUUUUUAACAGACACUCUAGAGCAGGGCUGCCCAACAGGUAGAUCUCUGGGAGUUGUAGUUCUACAACAUCUGGUGAUCUACCUGUUGGGUAGUCCUGCUCUAGAGCUACUAGCCAGAGACAAAUGUGAAUAUUAGAACUUUCCUCUUUCUAUUAUGGCAUGGAGGCUUUUGUUUAGAGUGCAGUCCUAUUCCUAUAUUAUGUUUUGGCUAUUGUCUGUGGAUAGCUUUAGAGUUAUGACCUCCCAUUGAUGCUGCCAGAGGUGGUUACACCUGUCAACAGAGGGACUAACCUCCAGAUCUACUGAAGUUCCAACACUUCAAAUCCAUGAAGUGCUCAUGAUGCUUGGAGUAACACUUUGAAGGUACACUAUAGUCACCAAAAAUACAGCUUUGUUCUGGUGUCUACAGCCUGUCCCUGCAGCACUGUUUACAUUGCUGCCUACUAACGCCUUUAGUGGCAGUCACUCAGUUGGCCACUAAAGGUGCUUCCGGUUUCAGUGAUGCACAGCUUCUCCACGCUCUGCACUAAACAUCUCAUAGAUGCAUUUAUUUAAUGUAUCUGAGGAGAUGCUAAUUGGUGUGGUGGUUUGCUGCAAAAGUGCCGCUCAAUGAUUUUCUAUGGAAAGUGAAAUGCGGCUUAUUUUUAAUAAGUGAGUCGUUACUACUAGUGUCAGGAAUAAAUGUUUGUAUUCCUGACACUGUAGUGUUGCAAAGUCUCACAAGUGUACCUUGGCUCAAAACAAAUGUUCUAGAACCAGGAAGACUUGCGCUCUUUCACUAUAAAGGUGUGCACAAGGCAAUGCAAAACUUGGCUCGCACAAACUCUCAAAUCUGCCAUGCUGUAAACCAUCUCAUCCUGUACCUUUGUUCGUAAUCUGCAGCUCCUAUAUACAUCUGCUGUUCACCUAUCUGACAAUGAAAGUGGGGGAAACUGCAUUCUAACCCUGACACUUGGUAAUGGAGGAGCUAUCUCUGCAGAUCCCAGUUGACCAUUUCCUGACUUACUGUGCUGUAACUUGUGAACAAAUCCUCCUCAGCUGCACUGAACAAAUCAAAUACCUGUCAAUCUAGGAAAAAGUCAAUCCCAGCAAAUUGGUGCAUAGAUUGACAGGCAUUUGAUUUAUUCAUUCAGUGCAGCUGAAAAGGACUUGUGCAAAAGUCUAAAAUUCCAUCCUUUGCUAGUAGAGUGUAAUAGAUGUCCCCCUGUGCAACACGGAUGUUCCAGAAAAUCCUUAACUGGGUCUGUUUUACUCUGGAUAAGUCCAGGUGAUGGGCGCUUCCCUGAAGUUCACUGGUGCAGCUGUUGCUCAUGAACUCUUGCCAUCCAGUUUUAGGGGUUGAUUCAAAAGUCUUGAGGGCAUGGGUCCAAUGCACAGCUUCCUCUUGCACCAGAGCAUGGCAUCCUACAAAGAUUGAAAUCUUUGCUCACAAAUUAUUGAAAUUGUUAACUUUUAUUCUAAGCAUAACCUGCAGUGCAUAUGAAAUGUAUUUUGUUAUACCAAGGUAGCAGGUGGUAUUAUAUGUAAAGAUUCAUAUUAUCAGUCAGGCCUCAACAAAUCCCAGGUCGCAAUUGUGACUAGAAAUGUCACCCUGGCGCCUCUGGGAUGUCCUCCUUUUAAGGAGGCCACACAGUGUUGCAUUGGAGCCGGGCGCCCGCUGUGGGAGCAUGGAGGCAGCCAGCUGCCGUAAGGAACUUUGAAGCUAGCUGCUUCGGGGAGCAGUAAUCUACCUGCAGCAUCUCUGCUCCCUCAUGCUCGGUUUAGUGAUGCCAGAAUAUUACAUCACUACAAAGUGCAAGGGAGCCGAGAAAAGCUGCAGACAGGAAGGGAGUAGCCCCACUGGACCCCCAGGGAAAGAUCCAAUUCGCUCUCCCAAAGGUACGGAGGCUGGGUGGAUUUCAAUUAAAAUAGUCGGUGUCUUAAGUACUGGCCCCCCUCCAAUCGCAGGAGGUGUUUUUACUCCCAUUUUUAUUCCCACACGUACCAGAUUUGCUAUGGCUGUUACUGCCUCUGUAGCGAAGAUCGUAAAUCUUUAUGAUCUCUAAGUCAAUGCUUUCUCACAGGAAAGCAUUGGGAGGAUACUGCACAUGCGCAGCAAAAUACAGCACUGUGCCCAUCAGCAUCUCAUCAUAGAGAUGCAUUUAAUCAAUGCAUCACUAUGGUGAACAUUCAGCACAUGCAUGCAGAGCGUGGAAAUGCUGAAAGUAGGUGCUGUGUGGACAAAGGACUCUUGCAGUUUUCUUGUUGAAAAUUAAACUGGCUUAAUAAACCAAACUAGCUCCAAACUUUGUUGGCUGGCUCCUAGAUUCCAAACAAAUUUGUCAAGCCCUAUUUAUAGGUAGAAAUUGUAGUUUUCUCAGUGUGUACAUAUCAGUGGCCAAGGAGAAACUAUGAAUUUCCCUUAGGAAAUUCUACGCACUAAAACCUAAAGGGACACUAUAGUCACCAGAACUACAGAAAAUUCAAUGUUUACAUUACAACCUAGGGAUACCUCCACUGGCCGCCACUCAGGUGGCUACUAAAAGGUGCUUUCUGAGCCAGUGCUGCAGAGUGCAACACUGCCAUUCAGUGUCUCCACCCUCUGUAUGGAGAUACUGAACUUGGAGAUGCAUUGAUUCAAUGCAUCUCUCUAAGGAGAUGCUGAUUGGCUAGGUCUGUUUGUCAAGGAGGCAGAUCAGGGGUAGAGCCAGCACAAGUCAGUCUCAGCCAGUACUAUGGGAAAGCAUUGUGAUUGGCUCAGAGAAUCACUCCUGAUGUCAGCCAGGCAGAUCAGAGGCAGCAGAAGACUUGAAUAAAAGUAAGAUUUUUACUAUAUUUAGGAGGGCAAUACAGUUUUAACACUAGGGUGAGGCAUAAAUGUCCCAAAGGAAAUAUAUACCACUAAAGAGGAACCAGCUGAUAUCUGGAUAAAAUAUACAAAAGAAAUCUAGUGUGAUACUGUUAUCACAUAACAAUCUGCGCAAAUUGAAAUGCACUCACAGGAUCUUGUAUAAUUCAGGCAUAUAGGGUGCCUCCCCUGAUAGCGUUGGGGGCCUGGGAAAUUCCCCAUGAUACUUUCCUCUCAAAUACAGGACUCCGGGUGAAGGUUGAAAAAGGAGCAGCUUUUAAUAAUUCAAUAAAAGCAUAUAAAAUGAAUACAAUGGCCGGUCCUACGCGUUUCGUCCCCUCAACAGAGUAUGGGACUUCCUCAAAGUAAAAACAAUCUCAUCCAUACAAUACAGCAAAAAAAGCAGCCUAACCCCCUACCUGCAAGUCCUUAGUAUAGGGCUAGUCCUUUAGUCCAACUUGAUCAUAUGAGAAUCUUCUUUCCUCCUCAUUGAACCAAUCUGAAUGGAUAGCAUCUGUUUGUAGUAAUCUAUUUACUCGUCCAUGUAAAACCUAUGACUUAAAAGGUGCCACCUCCCUCUGAGUGAUUAACUUAUUAUAUUCAAUAAUGAUAAAAAAUAAACCUAUUUUAUUCUGAAAAAAUAAUUUAGAUAAUUCCUUUAUUUUAGUGUUAUCACAUUUGUUCCUUCAUAUGAGUUUAAACCCAAUUAUUGUUCUCCCAAAUCUUAUCUAGCAAAUUUAAACUAAUAAGCUAUUUUAUUAGUUCACUUAUUAUAAUUGCAUAGUUAAUCUGUGUACAACUUACCCUGGUUAGUAAAAAAAAAUAUUUUGCAUUAUGAGUUAAUUCACAAUGUAAAUGAUCAAGGGUGGAAAUCUAAAUUACUAAACAAAUUAUAAAAAUUAAACCAAAAAUUAAUAACACAACAAAUUGUAAACCUAUUUGUAAAUAAAAUCACAGGAAACAUACUAGAUCCACCUCCAUUGGGCUCCAAUGUCUGCAGCCGAUGGAUCAGUACAUCUCCAGUUGUGAUAACGUCUUAACUGUUGGGGCCCCCCCCUCUCCAAUUCAUUGAAACCAUUUCAAUACCUAUGCAUUUAAAACUAGCUAAAGAAAACAAUGGACACUGGUUACAAUGAACCGUAAUCGAAUGUGUAGUUAGACCCUUUUGAUAUGUUCCAUCAAUCGGAUUUUUAGGAACCUUUUAGUCCUACCAACAUAUGGUUUGCUGCACGGACACUGCAGUAAAUGAACCACAUAGUCCAUGCAGCAGGUCUCCAGACAUGUUAAAACUAAAGCUCCUAUGAUGCUUUUGCCCUUUAGCAUUCUAAAGUUAUGCAAUGCAUCAUGGAAGUUGUAGUUCUACAUCUAGGAUACAUUUUUGGCCACAUCUGAACUAGAUGGACUUUCUAUUGAAGACUAGAGUAAGUGUAGUCUUUACACUGGCUAUUUAAGUUUCUCUACAUAGAAUUAUUGUAACUGAGGAAUAUUACUCUCCAGUUCUAUGGAGAAGUAUUUAAUUGGCUGCUAUAAGAGUUCAACUCUGAAGUGGCAAGACAAGGGCACUGCUGAUUUUAAAAGGCUAUCUCAAAGGUUUCCGAAUUUCAUAAUGGCAGAACUGUAAAAUAUGGCAGUUAAAAUGUACUUUGGGCCAAUGGCUAACUUAAGUGUUUUACUGUGUCUUGUAUACUUUUUUUUUUUCAGUCCACUGCUCUUCCAGUGGCAAGUCAUCCUAACGUAUGGCUAUGAACUUGUGAUGGCAUCACAAAGCCAUUGACAUCCAAAGAUUUUAGUCCAUUGUGAAUUAAAACCUCCUUCAGAAUUAAAUGGUGUUGCAACUCCAUUAUUCCCUGUCAGAGGGCUGUGGUAAUUGUCCUUGGUAAUGUGCACUCAAAUGCACUGUGCAGAGUGCUAGUUCGCAUAACCUUAUAAUGGAGACUCCUUCUGAAUAACUGUAACCACAGGUUGGUGAGGAGCAUCUCAAUACCUGCUGGAUAGUUCUUAUGGGAUAAGGUCAGCCUCCUUAAAAGCUCUGGUCAGAAGCUAUGCAUUCUGGUGUAGAGUAUCCUUGUAACUACAGACAGACCCACUAAAUGUUGUUUUUGUUUUUUAACUUUUAAAUCCUAUGGAUUAAGUCUAACAGGCUUUCUUCUUGUAUAAAAAUUAGACCUGACUUUGUAUCCCUAGUAGUUACAACUAAGUAUUGUACAUGGGCAAGUGUUAAAAACUGCAUAAAUAACCUGUAAGCAUUCUAAGUUAUGUAACUUUUUUUUUUUUUUUUUUUUAAAGCUGAGCCUUUGCCGUUGAUGGAUUUGUGUCGACGAUCUGUUCGUGUUGCAUUGGGAAAAGAGAGACUGAACGAAAUUCAAGCGCUUCCAUUACCAGCAUCUCUUAAAGGCUAUCUGCUCUAUCACUGACACGUGUGGUAUACUCCUGAUUCUUGCAGACUUAUGAACUAGUCCACUUAAAGCCCAGUGCUAUGCACCUCAAAGCUCAAGUUUGUUUGCCCCAUGUUGCUGCUUGGUAGCAAGACCGUGGUGCCAUCUUCUUACUUGCAUGCUUCCAACUUCAAAAUACCUCCAAGUGGGCUCUAACACAUGGGUUCCUGCAGAUGUUGGACUCUUUGUGCAGGCAAUCGGGAACAUUGCAUGUGACUUGUCCAAGUUGGGUCACCACUGGUAACUUCUGUUUAUAAUUGUAACUUCAAGUUGUGUCCUUAUCAGGGAUACAGCCCAAAAAAUUUAAUUUGUCAACUAUUUUUAAAUGUCUUUCCAUCUUAACACUUUUUAAAGUGGGCUCUUUGCAGGUUUUAGCAUUUGGUUGACUGUGUGAAAAUGUAAAGAAUCCUUGCUUGUUGGACACUGAAGGAUUUACAUGCAAGAUCAAUGGAUAACCAAUACCAAAUGAACUUAUAUUAAGUGAGGUAGUUGCAUGUUUGAAGGCAUGAGUUUGUUUUAAAAGGCAUGUCAUCAGUUUGGCAGAACCAAAACACUAAGCCAUUACAGGUCAAUAUCAUUUAAAUUACAAAAUGGUUUUUAAAGGCUCGGACGGACCCCCAACAUUCGUGCACAGUUGAGUAGAAGCAAGCGAAAAUUCCUGCCUUUCUAUUUUGUGGCUUUAUGAUGAGUCAGCCCUGUCUCCUUUAGUCAUUUUGCUGCCUGAUAGACAUAUGGUGCAUUAGGACUGUAACAGUCCCUAUCCAACAUAAUUGUCUUAUGACUCUGGAAACUUAAGUGCAAUAUAAAUGCUGACAUGAUCUGAGAGCAUCUAAUCUUAACUUCAUUCAGUUCAUGUAAAAGUGGACUGUCCUUUGCGUUGCAAAAAACUGAUCUCCAGUAAAUGACAAUAGCAGGUAAAUAUAGUGCCCUUUUAAAAAAAAAAAAAAAAAAAAAAAUUUUUUUGACUGCCAAUCAUUCACUAGGAUGCAGAUUCCUGACAACUGGUGCAUGGUACAGUGAUCAGUUAUCAAGAACAUGCAUCUUGGCAUGAGCUUUAAAAAUAAAUCUGGAUGUCUACUCACUAAACAGUGAGUUGUGGUAAAUGGAUACCCAAAUGGCAAAUGGUAUGCCACAAUCUAACAUGGAAGGAUUGUACAAUUUGGCUUUUCCUACCCUAUAGUUAAUCCUACAUUAUCACUCCAUUUUGAAUUCUGUUUAGUGAACAUCCCCACUAUACUGCAUUGCCUCCUAAUAUUACACACUAUGGGCCCCUGUCUUCAAGGCAGAUGAAGAUUUAAUAUGCACAGGUACAAUAGCUGGAUGUCUUUUGUUUAAUGUUUGUAGUUGUGUGAAUUUUUAAGCUGCUGCUGUAGGGUACUUUAUAAAAUAAAAAUACUUUUUAUGCGUGUUACAGUGCCAAGACUAAGGGUAGAUAAAGUACCAUCUUUUAAAUUGCAUAUAAGCUAUUCUGCUGGAUUUAGGACACUUGCUGCAUUGCACAAAUAAGAGGGGAUUGUACAGGAAACCCUAAUCUUUGCUGCCUUUUUUUAAUAUAUAUUUUUUGCGCAAGUCUUCCACAUCACAGAAAAGUGGCUUAGUAUGUCUCCCUACUGUGUCAAACUGAUUCCUUGUACAGUUUUAAUCUCUUUAUAAUUCUGUAGAUAAAUUAUGUAAUAAAGAAAUAGUUUAUUAAAUAUGAACAA